UGUCCCCAGAGGGAGAUGACAUCCAUCUACCGCGGUGCAUGGUGGGAAUGAUCAGAUCAGGUAAAACGAGACAGUCUGAGCCGCAAGAACAGGUGAAUGAUUAUUGAAUUACUGUAGGACUGCUGUUAAUGCCGUCGUCCAAAGAUACCCGUUAUCUUGGUCCCAUAAUAAACAAAUAGUGGAUGUUUUGACGCGAGCGGUCCAAUUAACUUUAAUGGGACCCCGAAUGAAAAUCGGAGAUACGCGACAAAAAGAGGUCGACAACUCGCCAAAAGCCUGGAAUUAGCAGCAGGGUAGAGCUGAGAGAGGCACCAUGCUGUCGGGGGAGGAGAUUCUGUGCAGCACGCGGCAAGUGAUAGCGGGCCUGGAGGCCCUGCGCGGUGAGAACCACACCCUCCUAGACAACCUGCAGAAGGCACUGGAAGGCCGGCCGGUGGCCGAGAGUGGCAGUGUGGAGCAGGAGAAGAGUGGCAUCAUCCGCCAGUCUCUGGAGAGGAUAGAGCUGGGCCUGGGAGAGGCCCAGGUGAUGAUGGCUCUGUCGGCCCACCUGGGCUCCCUGGAGGCAGAGAAGCAGAAGCUGCGGACCCAGGUACGGAGGCUGUGCCAGGAGAACCAGUGGCUGAGGGACGAGCUGGCCAGGGCCCAGCAGAGGUUGCAGGACAGGGAGCAGGAGGUGGUCACCCUGGAGGAGCAGAACAGACACCUGCAGUUCAUGAGCAGCAUCCGCAAGUACGACCAGGAGGAGCCCCCACCGGAUGACAAAGAGACGGGCUCCACCAAGGAGUCCCUAGAUGACCUUUUUCCCACGGAUGAGGAGGAACAGUCACAGAUAUCUCAGCCCCACGGUAGUAGUGCGGUGGCAGCGGCCCAGCAGGGAGGCUAUGAGAUCCCGGCCCGCCUGAGGACCCUCCACAACCUGGUGAUCCAGUACGCCUCCCAGGGCCGCUAUGAGGUGGCUGUGCCCCUCUGCAAACAGGCCUUGGAGGACCUGGAGAAGUCCUCAGGCCACAGCCACCCUGACGUGGCCACCAUGCUCAACAUACUGGCCCUGGUCUACAGAGACCAGAACAAGUACAAAGAGGCAGCUAACCUCCUGAAUGAUGCGUUGGCCAUUCGGGAGAAGACCCUGGGCAUAGACCACCCUGCGGUGGCAGCCACACUAAACAACCUUGCUGUACUGUAUGGAAAGAGAGGGAAGUACAAGGAGGCUGAGCCACUGUGUAAGAGAGCCCUGGAGAUCAGAGAGAAGGUGUUAGGCAUGGACCACCCUGACGUGGCAAAGCAGCUGAACAACCUGGCGCUGCUGUGUCAGAACCAGGGAAAGUACCAUGAAGUGGAGCAGUACUACGAGCGUGCCCUGCACAUCUACCAGAGCAGGCUGGGCCCCGACGACGCCAACGUGGCCAAGACCAAGAAUAACCUGGCUUCAUGUUACCUGAAACAAGGGAAGUACAGACAAGCUGAGGCUCUGUAUAAAGAGAUCCUGACCCGGGCCAACGAAAAAGAGUUUGGAUCUUCGGAUGGUGAGCGCAAACCUGUGAUGUUGGUGUCUCAGGUGAGGUGCGGGAUAUCUGGACCCAGGAUGGGGCUGGGCAGUCUGAAGCGCAGCAGCUCGUUCACCAAGCUCCGCGAGUCGAUACGCAGGAGCAGUGAGAAGCUGGUCAGGAAGCUGAAAGGAGUCGGAACUCAGGAUACCACCCCUCUGACUCCUGGGAUGAAAAGGGCUAAUUCUCUGAAUGUGCUGAACGUGGGUGUGAGGGAGCGUCAAGUGGCAAGGAGCCCCAGCGGCCUAACGGAGAACCGAACCCUGAGCUCCAGCACCCAGAGUCUGGCACGCCGAGGGUCCCUCAGCUACACCUCUGAACACUACCAGUUUAAUCUGGAAAUGAAAUGACAAUCAAUGUUCCUUUUUUAUAAUGAUUUAGUAAUGCUCUGUUGUUGUGACUUACUGUACAAUGAGGGAAAUGCUUGAAUUCUUCAAUGAUUGUUCACAAUUAUGAACAUCUUUAUAUUUGCAUUUGGGACACUCAACUGCAGUUUGGCCAUCAAGUAAGUGUCUGCAGCUAUUGGAUGUUAUCCAAAUUAUUGUAGCUGUGCGUGUAAAAUAUCUUAUUUAUACAAUGUGGUUUUUAAAACGUGUUACAUUCCGAUUUUAUCUUCUUGUGUUCAUGUUUACCAGCAGUACUCGUUUUUGGCACUAGAUGAUUUUAAUUCCAAAACACUGAUCUGCACAAUUAAAACAAUGAUUUACUAAUAUAGCUAGUGAAUGUGAUGAACAAACCGUGUAUUGGCUUCCAUGUUAGGUUGUGGUAAAGUGCUCUCUUUAGUCCACAAUACUAGAGCAAAGUCUGCACUUCCCAGUCCAGCUGUAGAAUGCUAUGUAAUUAUUGUCUAAGGCUUGGCAUUCUGUGAAAUGUUUUAACUAUAUUUAGCAGAUUUCAUUAUGAGCUGAUAAAAAGCAUAAGCUAUUUUGAUGGCCCAAAAGUAAAAGCACUAUGUGCCUGUAUGUAAUGUCUUAUUUUUAAUUUGUCUCAGUUUGGGGUACAUUUACAUUAAAUUAUUCUGAAACAUACAGUGGGGAGAACAAGUAUUUGAUACACUGCCGAUUUUG